AUGUCGGGAUUUGGUAGCACCGGCUUUGGUGGCUUCGGCCAGAACAACAAUAACCAGCAGUCGUCAGGCACGGGAUUCAGCGGCUUCGGUGCAAACACUUCGGGUUCAGCCUUCGGUUCGACCAACACUCCCAACGCUUUCGGUUCCAACGCAAACACGGGUGGUGGUGGCUUGUUUGGAAGUACGACAGGAGGAGGAUUCGGCUCAGGCACAACAUCCUUCGGUUCUGGAAAUACCAAUACUGCCUUUGGUGCGGCUUCGAAUCCUGCUACAACCAGCUUUGGCACGAACACAACCGCCGGUGGUGGCCUAUUCGGCGCCAACAACACCGCUGCUUCGGGCUCUAGCUUUGGCGGAUUCGGAGGCAACACGGCGACCACGAACACGUCCAGUGGAUUCGGAGGCUCAGGUGGGUUGUUUGGCAGCUCAAAGCCUUUCGGUCAAACCACUACUACUGGCACAGGCUCAACGUCGCUUUUCGGUGGCGGGAACACCUCUACCGGCAGCUUUGGGGGCUUUGGCGCCACGAAUAACCCUGGUAUCGGAGGCAAGGUCGGCGAUCCGCCAGGCACCAACGCCACCCCGUUUCAGGCUCACCAAGAGAAGGAGCCUACUGGCACGGGUAACCAGUCCAACUCCUUCCAAAAUAUUCUUUUCCAGGAUCCGUACAAAAAGUGGUCGACCGAAGAGCUGAGACUCACCGAUUACAAUCAGGGCCGCCGCUAUGGUAAUGCGGGCGGUACGGGUGCAUUUGGCGUCUCCAACUUUGGCAACACCACUGGCUUCGGCACCACCAAUCAGCCGUCCUCUACGGGCUUCGGAGCCACCCCCGCAGCGGGAACGUCCUUGUUCGGAGGCGGCAACAACAACGCGACCACGUCUGGUUUUGGGACGGGGACGACCAGCGGUUUUGGCGGGGGAGGUCUAUUUGGCAGCCAGAACAAACCUGCCACCUCCGGAGGUCUGUUUGCGAGCACAGGCACCUCCCAGCCCGCCCAGACGGGCGGACUUUUUGGCGGCACUAACUCGGGCGGAAGCUUCGGCGGUACAGCAACAACGACGCCUGGUUUCGGCGCGACAGCCUCCACUGCAGGAGGCGGCGGCGGCGGCGGUCUCUUUGGUGGUUCCAACACGCAAAACAAACCCGCUGGUUUCAGUUUCGGCAACACAGGCACUACCGGGUCAGGCUUUGGUGCUGGCAAUACUACUUCCGGGUUUGGAACGACCGGUUCGAAUACCGCCACGGGCGGCGGCUUAUUUGGCAACACCACAAGUAGUGGUACAGGGCUGUUCGGGGGCGGUCAACAGCAACAACAGCAACCGCAGCCGCAGCAGCAGGCCGCCGGUACUGGAGGAUUCGGGGGCGGUGCAUUCGGUGGUCAGGCACAGCAAACCGGUUCAUUAUUUGGAGGCGGCCAGCAGAAACCCGCUGGUGGCCUCUUUGGAAGUAGCACUGGAACUUCAGGUGGCCUCUUCGGCUCUGGGGGUGGAGCCGGUACUACGACGACGUCUUUCGGGACUGCUGGCAAUACAGGAACCGGUGGCGGACUGUUUGGUGGCCAAAAGCCUGCCGGGACAGGGACCGGCCUGUUCGGGUCGAAUACCGCCCAGAAUACGGCCGGUUCUGGCACUGGUGGCCUGUUCGGUGGGGCAGGGGCGGGUGCCUCGGGACAACAAGCGAACACGGGCCUAUUCCAGUCGAGCACUCAGAAUCAGGCAAAGCCUGGCGGUCUGUUCGGAACGUCGCAAGCCUCCACCGGAGGCGGCCUAUUUGGGUCCCAAAAUGCGCAACAACAACCCUCAUUUUUCUCGACUACAACGAACCAGCAGCCUCAGCAGCCUCAGGGAGGCUCCAUUCUCAGCGGAUCUCUUUUAGGCACUUCGCAGAACGCGAAUGCUCCUUCCCAACAAACGUUGACUGCCAACAUCUCGGACGUAUCGGCAUAUGGCACCCCAUCGCUAUUCUCAAAUCUCGGCGCCAACGAUUUGCCGAAUCCCGGUCCACUCGCAACUCCGUUGUCGAGCAAGUCCAAGGCUCGGCGCAGCUCCAUUCUUCCUAUGUACAAGCUGAAUCCCGCCUCCGCGUCGCGAUUUGUCACGCCUCAAAAGCGAGGCUUCGGGUUUUCAUACAGCACGUAUGGUACCCCGACCAGCCCCUCCAGUGUGUCCAGCACGCCGGGUAGUAUGAACCGCAGCCUUCUCGGCUCGAGCCUCAACAAGGGCCUGAGCAAGAGUGUGUCGUCCAGCAGUCUCCGCAAGAGCUUUUCGGCGGAGGACAGCAUUCUUACUCCCGGAGCAUUUUCCGCCAGCUCAGGUUCUCGAUAUUAUGGCAAUACGGGCAGCAUGAGAAAGCUCGUUAUCAACAAGGACAUGCGGAGUGACCUCUUCUCCACCCCGACGAAGGACAAGCCAGCCCUGGACCAGCCUAAUGGGUUGCGGAAGCUUUCCAAGCGGGUCAGUUUCGAUACCAGUACGACAGAGGAUGGCCAGGGUGAUGGUGCUGGGCAGGAUGCUGUCACGCCGCGGAACUCGACGACAGCUGUUGAGGAGCAACAGGCUGCUGUGCCCAACGGCCCUGGGUCUGCUGGAAGCGGAACCCUCGUCGGUGCGGAUGAGACGAGCGGCAAGGAAUUGGCCGUUGUGCACGAGGAAGAAGCAACCCAUGCCCGCCAGCCUACCCACGACAGCUUUGACAAGGCGCCUGGCGAGUACUGGAUGAGCCCGACUCAGGAUGCCAUUUCGGCAAUGAACCGAAUGCAGCGCCAGAAAGUUGCCAGCUUCACCGUGGGUCGCGACAAUGUUGGCUAUGUGUGCUUCCAAGUUCCAGUGGAUCUCACCAAUAUUGAUCUCGGUGACAUCUAUGGGGUCAUCGUCGUCCUGGAGACUCGGUCUGCCACGGUUUAUCCUAAUGCCGCCAAAAAGCCGCCCGUCGGCAAGGGACUCAACGUUCCUGCCAUCAUUUGCCUCGAGCAAUCGUGGCCCCGAGGCCGGGAUAAGCGGCCCAGUGUUGACACCAAACGCAUCAAUAAGCAUAUCGAGCGCCUCCGGAGAAUCGAGGACACGACGUUCAUUGAUUACAAUGCUGACACGGGCGUUUGGAAGUUCUCUGUGGAGCAUUUCACGACAUAUGGUCUCGAUUACGACGAGGAAGACACUGAUGCGGAACCGCGUGGCGAUGCGCACGGCGAGCAGAACCAUGCGUCGGGCGUCUCGCCACACGGUAGCCUUGGGGAUGAUAGUAUGAGCGAUGGUCAUGAUGACACCUUCGACUUUCAGCGGAAGCGACGGGCCCUACCUGGCGCGUUCGACUCCCGUGCGGUGGGAUUGGAUGACGAUGAGGAAGCAAUGGGGGACUCGACCAGCCAAGGCGACGCCUUCUUGGGGUUUGGUUCGGCGGGCCCCAAGUCGAAUGCGCUGACUCUCUCGACUGAACGUGAUGGAGCGAUCGAGGUGGACGACGAAUACGACUCGCCCGAGGCUGGCGAGGAAGAGUUUUCUUCCUCUCCCGAGCGUCAUCUUGGCGGAGAGCAACGUAGUGAAUCGCCUGAAGGUAGGGGUGGUUCACCGGUUGUGGAGACGCCCGGAGGCAUUCUUCGCGCUAAGAUGCGCGCCAUGAAGAGCUCGAUGGCUCCUCUGCAGGUCGAAGUUGCAGAUGGCGAGGACUGGAUGGACAUGCUGCAGAAGACGGUCAGUCCCCAGAAGCGGGACCGCGCCUUGUUGAAGAGCGCCGUGGACGCGGGUGUGCUGGCAAGCUCUGUCAACGGUAUGCCGAAACAACGCGAGACGCGGAUGGUGUCGGAUGGGCGUGGCUUCGCUACCAGUAUCGAUCUUAUGAACUCUCUAUUCGACAAAUCGAAGGCCACGGCACCAACGCACAAUGCACCUGUGUCGUCGGUUGGAUUUGUUCAGUGGCCGUAUGAGCGACAGAAGAAGACAUUUGACGACCUGUCCGGGCUCAGUGAAAACGAUCGCGCAUUCUAUCGAUCCUCGAAGCCUUCGUGGGGUCCUGACGGGACCUUGGUAAUGCCGGCGACGUCGGCGUCCUCGCAUGGUCGAGAGGCAGCGAGAGGAGCGAGCAAGACGGGCAUCAUGUCGGUUUCAGGCCCGGUCCCCAAGGAAGACGGCUCCGGCGUCGCCCUGUUCAAGUUCUCCAACGAGUCGUCCGCCAAAGCCAUUGACAAUCACAUGCGCCUGACCCGGGUCAGCGUGGUUGAUGACAUUCCCGCCGUUUCUCUGCAGCCCGACAGCUUGAUGAAUCUAUUUCACGACGAAGACGUGAGCAACAGCGCCGCGAAUGCUCAGGAAAAGCUUGUAUGGGAACUGGCCAGCAUCCUGUUUGACGAUUCCCCAUCGCCAGCAUCAGGAACGACUCCAUCACGGAGGGAGCGCGUCUCCCGGUUCUGGGAAGAGCUAGUGGAGCCAGCGACGAGGCGGUCGGUUGCACUGGCAAAGUCGACGGAAGAAAAGGCGCUGGUAUCUCUGGCGGGGCAUCGAAUUCAGGAUGCUUGCAAGUAUCUCAUCGAAGGGAGGAACUUUCGGCUUGCGACGUUGGUCUCGAUUAUCGGCACUUCUGAGCAGUCCAAGCGCGACAUGCGCACGCAGCUGGAGGAGUGGUAUGGCAACAACGUGCUCUCCGAAUUCGACGAUGCGAUUCGCGCCAUGUACGAACUGCUCGCCGGCAACGGCUGCGUUUGCGAAGGGAAGAAGGGCGUGCCGGUGGCCGAUCGGAUGGAGUCGUUUGUUAUCUCGCAGCGGUUCAGCCUGAACUGGAAGCAGGCAUUCGGGCUGCGGUUGUGGUACGUCAUUUCGCGGCAAGACGAGGUUCCGGCUGCGGUGGAACAAUUCGCGGAUGACGUCGCGCAAGACCGAGAGGGCUGGCCGCAGACGUGGUACGCAGAACAGGGCAUCGAACCUCUUUGGGACGAUGAAGACCGAGGGCGGCGUCAGGACUUGCUCUGGGGGCUCCUCCAGCUCUACUCGAACGAGGCCACGGUUGUCGAGGCGGUCCUGCGACCGGAGAACUUUCAACUGUCGCCUCUGGACACGCGGCUUUGCUGGCAGCUCUGGCAGGGUCUGCUCGCGACCGGAAAAUUUUUCACGGCCUCGGGCACAUCCGAAGCGGCGGACGCGGCGACCUUGUCGUUUGCCGACCAGCUCGUGAACGAGGGCAGCUGGCUCCAGGCGACCUUCGUGCUCCUUCACCUGAGCGAGCCGACGAUUCGGGCCAAGGCGGUCCAAGACCACCUCGCUCGCCAUGCCGGAGAGAUUGGGGCGGAAGACAGCGAGGCAUUCACGACGCUGACGCAAACGUUCCAGAUUCCGUCGGCGUGGAUCUGGGAGGCGCGGGCGCUGUAUAUGCGGAGUGUGCGGGACGACGCGGUGGCGGAGGUGCAGUGUCUCCUUCGAGCGUUGUCGUACAACGCGGCUCAUGAGACGCUCGUCCGCAAGGUGGCACCUUGGGCGAUCGUCAGCCGGAACUACCACCAGCUAGCGACGCUCCUCGACGAAUUCGAGGGCCACGAGGAGUCGGUCAAGGGGUGGAUGCUCGGGGGCGAGAUUUACAGGUCCUUCCUGGGGGUCCGGCGCCUCCACGAACAGCGCAAGGAGGUUCCCAUGGAGACGCUGGAGGCUCUGGUCAAGGCCCUGCCGGGUGUUCGUGAGGCGACUGAGAGUUCGGACACAGUACGGUUGGCUGCGGUGUCUGAGAUGGGUGGCUUCGUGGCGAGGAUCAUGAUGGACACGGCUGAACCGGCCAUGCGGGAUGCUUCCCGGAUUCUUGGACUUCCUCUGACUGAGGGCUCGUAUUUGCAGCACUCGCUGCACCUCAGCCACGCCUACUAUCAAGGCAUCAUGGCGGGAGCAAGGUAG